AUGCAUCAUCGCGCCAAUCUCCCUCUUGACAUGGACCUCUGCCACCUCUUGCAGGCCAUGCAGUUGGAAUCCAUAGGAAAACAAGUGAGUGUAUCGAGUGACAGGGCAUCACGGCAGCGAUUUACAUCUCACUGGAGAAAGCAGUCGACUCUGGCGUCAAACACGGCAGACGAUACCAUGACCGUGGAUCUGAAUUACCUCCCGGACGGAGGGCCCGGAUCCUCCAAUUCAAGCUUAAGCACCCAUCAAGCAGCCGAAGAAAUGUUUCAUUGGCACGGAUGCGGGUACCUGCAGGCCAUCCGAUCGCACAUCGACAAUUUCUCCACCACCAGCGGGGAGUACCUCGAAGCCAUCUUCACACAUCGCGAAAUAUUCGCUGCGUAUCCAUCGGCACAUCAAGGUUGCGCUCGCGGAUUCAGUGAUCUUGCGCAAUUGCUAGAGAAGCGGCCUUGGAGGGCGGAUAGGGAUUCCGAUGGCGAGGCCGUGAGUGUUUUUCGCCAUGAAGCGUGGAUGAUCGGUGCUACAUCUCCGGUGAUCAAGCUGGCGCCGACAACGAAGGAGGAUGAUCAUGCUCGUGUUAGGCCUUCACACGUCUGCGUCCUCCCAAUGAUGUAG